CGUAAAUGUCAAUCGAUGUUUCCAAACCAUUUUCUCGCGAAGUAACAAAUAUAACAGGUCGUUUGGAAGAAAAAGUACAACUAGCACCAUGACUCCGGAAUUAUCGAAUUUUGAAACCGACUCUCCGGCCCGUCAGCAGUACUCAGCGCACAAUCCAAUAGAGCAAUACGUUUUGCUCGCUAAAGGAGCCAAAGGUGCGGCCUGUACGGAAUUGAUCAAACAGGUACUGGAAGCACCGGGAGUUCACGUUUUUGGAGAACUGUUGGCCAUGCCCAACAUUAAAGAGCUACAAAAUGGUCCACACGCUAACUACUACAACACACUGAAUCUGUUUGCCUAUGGAACAUAUCGUCAGUAUCUAGAGAAUCAGACGAAACUUAUACAGCUUUCCCCGGCAAUGCAAAAGAAGCUGCAACACCUGACGGUGGUAUCUUUGGCGAUUAAAAGCAAAUGCAUUCCCUACAACGAGCUGCUUGAUGAGCUGGACAUUAAAAAUGUACGUGUGCUGGAGGAUCUAAUCAUCGAAGCAAUUUACGCCGAUGUGAUUCAUGGCAAGCUGGACCAGAAAAAUAAGCAGCUGGAAGUAGAUUACGCCAUUGGACGAGACAUCCGCAAGGGUGAUGUGAAGGAAAUUGCCUCCACCCUGCAAGAAUGGAGUGAUUCGUGCGAAACCAUUCUGCUCUGUCUUGAGACCCAAAUUAAUCGAGCCAACACUGAAAAGCAGAAACGUAUAAAGCACAAGGAAUCGAUCGAUCAAGAGAUUGCCAAUCUGAAAAAAGCGAUAAAAACUCAAGCAGUAGAGUCCGACGAAGCAAUGGCUACAGACACAUGCCGGGAUAUCGUUGGUGGGCUAGAUCUGCGUAAAAAACCAGCCAAAUCGAAGAGCCUUAAAGGUUCCGGUAAGUCGUGGUUUAAAAAUUUUACCUAAGUCAACUUAAAGGGCUAUUUUUAUGGUCAGUUAUAGAUGAUUUCUUGUUGCUUUACAAUGGUCUUACGGCCUGCUACCGAAAGCAUCCAUUUCAUUCCGUUGAGUGUCAAUGACGCUCUCUGUUCUUUCAUUGUUUCUUUCAACAUCGUUUUAUUAUUUUGUUUUGAUUUUGUUUUUCAUACAAUUCACUUAUUUUCUCAUUCGAAAGGUCCAGGAAAGUCAGUAUCGAAAUGAUUGGCUUAACUCCCUCCCAAGAAGACACACGCGCCUCAGCCUGCUAACCAAAGGGCAGCUUUUGGGAUAUUAAAUCAUGAGUGUCUUUUUACUUUACUUAUUCACAUUAUUUAUUCGACGUUUCGAGGAAAGACGGUACACGUGGUGCCGUUUCUUUAUUUUUCUCAUUACUAACCUAUGUAAUGAAAUGCGCGAAUAAAAAAUAUAUAUAUCAGCGAUUCAAAA